GCUUACAGAGACUGAAUUGAUAAAAAAACUAUUUUUGUUUUUCUAAUGUGGAAGUAUUUUAAUUGGAGAAACAGAUUACACUAUUACUUAUCUUAAGCUACAUUAUGUUUGUUUUGUAAGCCACUGAAUAAAGUGAAUGCAAAAUUCCAGGAAUUUUCAAGGCUGGAAACUUUCCAUGGGAAUGAACUGGAAUUAUUGGGAAUAAACUGGGAAUUUGCUUUCUUGUGCAGUGUGUAAGCUAUUGUGCACCAAACAUUUUACCAUUGUUUCAACAAAUACACUAACUGAGCAAACAUUUAGGUGAGAUCAUUUAAAAAAAAAAGACACUCCCCUCCUCCCUUAGUCACUUAAGAGGGGAAUUCCUCCCCAUUUUCCAGGCUCCGACUAUCACAAGAAUAUUGAAGCCACAGUUCUGCAUUUGAACCCAAAGACUACAUCCAUUCAAAGCAAUGCCACGCACACCAUCUAAUGUGUGGAUACAUUUCAUCUCAGCCAAUGUGGAAGGAAAGGCUGUGUACAGUUGCAAAUACUGUGCAAAGACCUAUGUUAAGAAUGCCACAAAGAUGCAGCAGCAUAUAGCCAAGUGCCCAAAGUUUUCCCAGAGCUCAAAACAAGCAACCCCAGACAAGAGUUCAUCUGCUUCCAUUCGAUGUGAAAAUGAUUCAGAUUCAGACACCCUCUCGUCAGCUCAUGGUCACUCUGGAAUCAGAGGAUUUUUUGACUCAAUGGAUGAACAUAGCCAGAGAAAUGCUGAUGAAUGUUUUGCUCGAGCAAUGUAUGCGACUGGCUCACCUCUGAUGCUCACAGCCAAUGUCUAUUGGAAGAGAUUCCUGAAUGUUCUUCGCCCCGCAUACACACCUCCCACCAGACAUGCUUUAUCUACUCAUUUGCUGGAUAGAGAGUUCAACAGAGUGCAAGCAAAGGCCAAGCAAACCAUUGAUAAAGCAGACUGCAUUUCCAUCAUCUCUGAUGGGUGGUCAAAUGUCCGGGGACAAGGAAUUAUCAACUACAUUGUCACCACCCCUCAACCAGUUUUCUAUAAGAGCACAGACACAAAGGACAACAGACACACAGGUACCUACAUCGCUGAUGAGCUGAAAGCAGUCAUCAAUGAUCUUGGACCUGAGAAGGUUUUUGCACUUGUAACUGACAAUGCUGCAAACAUGAAGGUUGCUUGGGCACACGUGAAGGAGACCUACCCUCACAUAACAACAAUUGGCUGUGCUGCCCAUGCUCUUAUUCUUCUCCUUAAGGACAUCAUGGCACUGAAUACAAUGAACACACUUUACAAGACAGUGAAGCAAGUAGUGAAAUAUGUGAAGGGCAAACAGGUAGCCUCAGCAAUCUACCUCUCUAAGCAAAAAGAAAAACACAAGAGCACCACACUGAAGCUCCCCAGCAUCACUCGAUGGGGUGGGGUUGUCUUCAUGUACGACAGUCUGCUAGACGGGAAGGAGUCUUUGCAAGAGAUGGCCAUAUCCCAGACUGCAGCCAUUGAAAGUGCCAUCAAGAGAAGCCUGUUAGAUGAUAUGUUCUGGGAAAGAGUGACUAGCAGCCUGAGAAUCCUCAAACCAAUAGCAGCAGCUAUUGCCAAGAUAGAAGGUGAUACUGCCAUCUUGUCAGAUGUUAAAUAUCUGUUUGCUGAGCUCAAAGAAGAAAUACAAACUGUCCUGCCCGCCUCCCUGCUGCUGCAAGCAGAGGAAACUGCAGUGGUCAAAUCACUUGAGAAGCACCAAGAGUUCUGCAUGAAACCAAUACACGCAGCAGCAUACGUGCUGGACCCAAAGUAUGAGAAAAGCAUACUCUCUGUUGAAGAGAUCAGCAGUGCUUACGCCGUUAUUACUGCCAUGUCUCACCGUCUUGGUCUUGAUGAAGGCAAAGUUCUCGGCAGUCUAGCAAAGUACCGUACCAAGCAAGGCCUUUGGGAAUGGGAUGGGAUAUGGCAAUCAUGCCAGCACAUAUCUGCAUCUACCUGGUGGAAAGGACUUUGUGGAUCUGAGGCCCUUGCACCUGUAGCAGCUGUCAUCCUUCAAAUCCCACCAGCAUCAGCCACCUCUGAGCGCAACUGGUCACUGUUUGGGAACAUACACACAAAGGUUGGCAACAGGCUCACGAAUGCUAGCGUUGAGAAACUGGUGGCCAUCCGGGCAAACCUACGGCUCUUUGAGCCUGACACAGAGCCAUCCUCGACAAGGCUGGACAGUUACACCAAAGGUGAAGACAAGUCAGAUGUCGAGGAAGCAGACAUGGAGGAUGUUGAUGAGGUCCAGGAAGAAGCCAAUGAGGCCUGAAUAGAUUAAGAGGAAAAAUGCAGAAACCAGAGACUUAAGAAGCUUAAGAGAAAAUGCUUUCAUUUCAAUUUUGAUUGGGACUUUUUUUGGAAGGGGAAGGGUGCGGAUUACUUUCGUUUUAAAGCAAGCAUAAGGAAAUAUGGGCAUUUUUGUUCAUUCAACAUUUAUGCUUUUGUGUUGCUCAAUGAAAGAAUUAAUGAAAGUUCUAACUACAAUUAAAUUCAAGUCAAAAAUGUCAUUUAUGCAUUAGUUAGCUUGCAUGUUAGCUUAUGACCAAACAAAAUGUUUAUGGUUGUAUAUACUUUAUGUGAAUUUCCCCAAAUUUCUAAAUAAACAAAAAUCCCGUAAAUUCCCAUAAAUUCCUGUAAAGUUUCCAACUUGGAAUAUUUCCAAAAUUCCCGAGAUGAAGUUCCCAUGGAAAUUUUCUGGAAAUUUACCAGAAAUUUUCCGCCCUUUUGCAACCCUAGUCAUAAAUGUUCCUGGUUUUUGCUCAGGAGCUGUAUGUGGCCUUCAACAGCAUCUCAGACCUGAGUCCAGUCAGUUUUCUGGAGGAUCUGGAGCUGCUUGAUCUGGAGGAGAACGAGGUUGAAGAUCUGGCUCAGUUGUGGUAUUUGGGCUGUUGUGUGAAGCUCAGGA